AUUUGGCAUUUUCUUUCUCUGGCAGUGUCAGAAUCCAGAAGCAGUCCACUGCACACUUGUGAACAUGUAUCUGUAGACCUGGACACGACUACAUCAACAAGGUGCUGUGAGAUCACUGCUUGUGUCUUUCUUCAUUAAAGAGUGGGACGGGACAGAGGCGUCUGAACACCACUUCUCCUCCUGCUGGUGUUUCUGACUCCUCCUGAGGUUGUGUGUACCAUGAAGAAGGUCCAUGGCUUGUCCUGAGCUGCUCCACUGACAGGGAAUGGAGAGCAGGUUUAUCACAGCAUCACGAUGUGUCCGAUGAAACAACAACAGGAACACAGUCUAUCGCCAUGGAGAGUCCAGCAGAGGAGACGCUACAAAACACAUCAGAGAUCGUCGGGCCCCAACGUUCCCUUAAGAACAUUCAAAGAUUCAGAUGUUUUCCAUCGCAAAUCUUCCGCCCAACAGGGACUUGUAAAGCACAUAGAAUUACAUCAGAGAGAAAGAGAGGAGGAGGAGAGGGAGGAAAAUUCUUCAAGUAUGAGAAAACUUUACAGCUCUCCUCCCCUCGGCUUCUCUUUUUCCCCUGCUCUCUCCUCUGUCCAUCCCCCGCCCUUCCUCUCCUGCUGGUCAGUCAGUCACACUCAGAGGAAGUCUGCAGACCACAGCAGAGGGAGAGAGUCCCUGCCGUACAGAGGGAAAGUGUCCGCUGAAUGUCCUCAGCUCUCUGGAUCUGACUGAAGUGACAGCAGCUGACAGAGAUCUCUUUCACCUCCACUCCAAGAGCUACAGAUUAACAAACUGCUUCAGAACAGUCCGGAACCUUUCCUCUAAUUCACCCUUAGGGAGGUUUUCCUGACCCCAGCCAUGUUUUCCUUCAUCCCCUCCCUCCUCCUCCUCCUCCUCCUCCCCCGGGCUGCUCCCACCCUCCUGACCCCAUCGCCCCCUCGUGAGCUAGAGGUCAGAGGUCAAUGGAUUCCGAGGGACAACAAGCAGGACUCCUUCAAGGUGGUGAUCUCCGAGGGCUGCGUCACUCAGGGAGAUUCAUCUGAUGCCAGCGAGGGAGGUAAAGAAAUAGACCUGACUGCUGGUUCCUCUCUGGUUCUGACCCAUAAGAUCAAACUGAUUCCGUCCGGUUUUGGGUCGGGAUCUGGGUCUUGUGGUUGUGAGGCGGACUUUGCUGCCCUGCGAGAGCGUCUGGAGAGGCUGGAGAGGGAGGUGUCGUCCCUCAGGGAGAAGUGUGGAGGACCUGAGGGGGGCUGCUGCACCUCCAAAGAGAGCAAAGGUGCAGGCUGCUCCAUUAAAACGGAAACGGACGAGUGUCCCAACGAGUGCAGUGAUCAGGGUCGCUGUGUGGACGGGAAGUGUGUCUGCUUCCCUGGCUUCAGCGGACCGGACUGCAGCGAGUCCGACUGUCCUGGAAACUGCAACGACAAAGGCCGGUGCAUCAACGGACAGUGUGUGUGCGACCCUGGCUUCACCGGCCCCGACUGCUCUGAGAACGCCUGUCCGGGCAACUGCAACAACCAGGGCCAGUGUGUGAACGGCAAGUGUGUGUGCAGUGAAGGCUUCUCCGGUCCCAGCUGCUCAGACCAAUCCUGUCCCGGAAACUGCAACAACAAGGGCCGCUGCGUCAAUGGACAGUGUCUGUGCAACCCUGGGUUUACCGGCCCGGACUGCUCCCAGAGGGCUUGUCCGGACAACUGCAGUGACCGAGGUCGGUGUGUGAACGGUAAAUGUGUGUGUGACAGCGGGUUCACCGGUGCGGACUGCUCUGAGAACUCAUGCCCAGGAAACUGCAACAACAAGGGGCGCUGCAUGAACGGACAGUGUGUGUGUAACCCCGGGUUCACCGGACCAGAUUGUUCCAAAAGAUCAUGUCCUGAUAACUGCAACAACCGUGGGAGGUGUGUGAACGGUCAAUGUGAGUGCGAAAGCGGAUUCACCGGUCCCAGCUGCUCGGACGAGUCCUGUCCUGGAAACUGCAACAAUAGGGGGCGCUGUGUCAACGGAGAGUGCGUCUGCGAUGAAGGAUUUGGCGGCCCGGACUGCCUCGAAAUAACUUGCCCGAACGACUGCACCGAUCGCGGCAAGUGCGUGGACGGAAGGUGUGAGUGCGAAAGCGGUUUCACCGGAGAAGACUGCUCGCAGGUGUCCUGCCCAGGAAACUGCAACAGUAGGGGGCGCUGCGUUAACGGACAGUGCGUCUGCGAUGACGGUUUCACCGGAUCGGACUGCUCUGAAAAAGCUUGUCCCAAUAACUGCAGCAACCGCGGGAAGUGCGUCAACGGGAAGUGUGUCUGCGAGGUGGGCUUCGCCGGGCAGGACUGCGGCGCCAAAGGUUGCCCUGGUAACUGCAACAGCAAGGGGCGCUGCGUCAAAGGGAGGUGUGUCUGCCGCCGAGGGUUCAAAGGGCCGGACUGCAGCCAGUGUGAAGACGGCAUGACUGGACCCAACUGUGAUACCGCCAUGUCGGGGGUCUCUCAGCUGAGCACCAGGGACAUCUCAGAGACAGAUGUCACUCUGUUCUGGAACCCCCCCCACGUCCAGUAUGACACCUACCACCUGACCUUCAGCAGCCAGAAGGAGAGUGAGCAGCAGAUCAGUGUGCAGGUGGGGGGCAGCCUGACCUCCUUCACCCAGACGGGCCUGGCAGCCGGUCAGGAGUACACCGUCAGCAUAAGCGGAGAGAUGGAGGGCAGGAGGGGGGCCGAAAGGACGGCGCAGUUCAUGACCCUCAUCUCCGGUCCUACUAAUCUCAGAGUCGUCAAAACAACCUCCACUACUGCAGUGGUCCAAUGGGAGCAUUCGCAGGGUGAGAUUGACAGGUACCGUUUGACCGUCACGCCCAGCGAUGGAGAAGGAAGGAGUGAAGAGUUGACCAUCCCACCUGGUCAAGACUCCGCCCACAUUGAGCAGCUGGAGGCGGGGCGUUUGUAUGACAUCAUACUCGAAGCUGAGAAGGGCACGAGUCGGAGCAAACCAGCAACCACUCAGGUCACCCCGGGGAAGACAUUACCAAGGGUUUCCAUGGCAGCUUUGACCAUGCGAGUUACACAAGCACCUGGACAAGAUGUUGGAGACGGUCACCAUGAGGUCAACCCUUUGCCUGAGGUUAAAGCCUUUGACCAACAGAAGAGCAGAGAGGAUGGAAGUGAGGCUGACUCUUUAAUAGACAGAGCUUUUGACGGGCCUAACAGCGACCAUACAACCUCUGUGACUGCAAGAACUAAACCUCUGCUCAACAGGAAGAAGGCAAUAAAUGGCACCAGACCAUUAUUGUACAGAAGGCCAAAUGUCUCAGGCCCUUUCCGUUUCAACACAACCAGAUUUGUGCCUGGAUGGAGAAAGGAUCCUUUGAAAAAAAAACUUGUUGGUCGGAAGAUGAAAGCACCAAUAGUACCCACAAAACCUAAACCAGAUGUCUCCACUAUAGGAGAAAGGACAGAGGCAGAGCUGAGUGUAGAGGCAUCAAGCACUGAGAGGAAGGAUGACAAGUAUCCAGCUAUGAUGUCUGGGAGUAAUUCACAUACAAACAGACAAAGUAGCUCCGAGGAACCAACUGCUGCCGUCGGCUCCAAAGAGCAACCAGAUGUUGGCAUGGCUGGCAAAGGAACUGACACUGCGUUAGUGUCUCCAGAGCCAACUGGGAUUGUUCAAAGCCAAGAGAAGAAAUGUCAGAACAAAGUUAAGGUGACACACAUUAGAUUACCCCAUCGGGGCAAAGGCAGCCAGUUUAGAGAGGAUGGAACAAUGCUGGAAGGAAAGACAGCGGUUUCAGAUCAAAGUUCCUUUGAAACAGACAGAAAGUCUGCAGAGACAAACAUUGCUUAUUCACAAGAUCCUUUAAAUAAACUUCUGACUGAUACUUUUGAUAGUUUGAAUAUCACAACGUUUUCUGUUCACCUGUCCAAAUCACCAGACCUCUCUGCUAAUGCAGAAUCAGUGAGGAAGCAGAUUAUAAGUGGACUGAAGCCAUUGUUGUCAUCAUCACAUUCAUCAAACUCACAAUCAUCGUCAAAUGCAUCACAAUUGUUACAUUCUUUGACCUCUAAAUCAUUAUCACGAUCUUCAUCAUCAUCAUCAUUAGAUCAGUCGUCAGCUGCACCGUCAUCAUUUCCAUCAUCACCAUCAUCCCGAUCCUCUUUAGCUCCAUCUUCCUCAACAGCAGCACCAUCAUCAUCAUCACUAACAUUGUUAAUCUCAUCUUCACCCUCUUCCUUACCUUUACCAUCUCCAUCACAACCAUCAUUAUCGCUUCCUCCUUCAUCGUCCUCCCUUUCCAGCUCAGAUACAGGUUCAGUUGGAAGCAAAGAACGAGAUGUUGAUUACAGAAGAAUUGUUGCUGACGUUACAUCCCCUGAAGACAGAAAACCAUCACCUUCAGGAAAAGGUGUCGUACGUCGCCGACACCCAAAGUUUGGAUUGCUACAGAACAAAACCCGCCCAAUUAUGAGAAUUCCUCCCCGUUCCCUUCCUCAUUUGAACCUCAUACCUAGGAGAGAGACAGAAACCAGACAUGAAUCAACAAGUGAAAUAUCAUCGUCACCCUCUUCAUCUCCUUCAGGGGAACCGUCCUCAUUUGAGGAAACUGCACCAGUGAGAGAUACCAGUGGAGACAAAAAUGGAUCAAAUACACAUGCAUCCUAUGGAGACGAACAAAACCAGAAAAAGGUGCCAACAGAAAGAGAACAAAUCCCACUUCGCCGUAUUCCUCCAAAGGGGGGAUACAUGCGACGUCCAAACUUUGGAUCUCUACAGAACCGGACUCGUCCAAAUUCGAGGCGGCUGCCUCCCUCCUCUCGACCUUUAAAGCCUGCACCAGAAACCAGGAGAGAGCAGGUGUCCUCCACUAGAUUCCAAGCCACUCCAUCACCUCUUGUUUCCAAAGCAUCAUAUCCAGCUGAAGGUACAGGGCCAGUUGAAGAGGACAUUGAACAAAAAGGUCUGACAAUUAUUUCCCAUGAGUUCAAUCAGACCCUCAGAAGAAGCGGACUGCCUUCCUCCCAUCGCCAACCCACCAAAAUUGGUCACUUACGUCAGCCACAACUGAAUGGUGGACGUUUCCAAAACAUAAACCGCACAAACCUGAGACCACUCCAAAAUCCACAUAGAGGUUCCAUGUCUAAGCCUUUCCCAAACAGGAAGAUAAAUGGACGCGUAACUGUUGGAGGUCAAAUUAGACCAUUAGGAGAAAAAGAUACUGAAGGGUCAAAUCAAGGCACACACAUUGAUGGCCAUGACACAACCGUCAGAACACAGAUCAAGAAAUUAAAAGGGGGUGAAAAUGCUCCAAUCCAAACAACCAUAUUUAGGGAAGAAGAAACAAGCCCCCCAGAUUCAAAUUCUGACACUGGUGCAAAUAAAGAGAGAGUCAAUACUGGCAUAAAUAUUAACGAUACAAGUGGAGGAAAACCAACAAUCACACAAACUUCCUCUGAUUCACGACAUGGAGCCCCAGAACCAGGCGCACUGCCAAAGGGACAGCCACCAACAAGGAGAAUGAUAGCACAGCAUCACACCCCGAUAACACACUACAACAGUGGAAGAAUAAGGAAAAAGGACAAAAUAAAUAAUUCUGGGAAAAUGUUGUUCAACAGUCAACCUGACCAGACACGAAGUGUUGAUCCUAGACAAUCGAUGGAAUCAGAUGGUUCUUCUUCUGGAGUUGUGAGGGAACCUCUGGACUAUGUGGGAGUGACGAACCAGACUUCAAGUGGAUUUUCGCUCAUAUGGGACUCCCCAGAAGAGAAGUACAACAACUUUGUUGUGACAAGUAAAGAUGUUGGUAAGGAUGAAGCGCCAAAGCCGAAGAGCACUAACAAGGAUUCGGAAGACGACUCGGAGAAAGAGUUUGACAAUAAAGAGGAAGAAGCAAAGUAUGAACAAACUAAUAUAUCAGAAUCAGAAAAUGGAAGAAGUAAAGAUGGAAAUAGAGUGCCUGAAAGUGAUUCUACACUAGAUCCACAGAACAGAAGCAGCACAGGAUCCAAGCCUGUUACAGGAAGUAUCACCUCCUUCAAAAAAGUUCUUCCUGGUUCAUCUCGCUUCUUUCAGUUUGAGGAUCUGCCUCCUCAGACCGAGUACACAGUGACCUUGCUUGGAAAGGGUCCCGGCCUUCUGUCCAGACUGCACAAGCUUGUCAUCAGCACAGGCCCGGAGCCUCCGAAAGACCUCGUCUUCAGUGAGGUGACAGAUAACUCUCUGACGGUGUCCUGGACCAAACCCAAGAGUCCCAUCAGUGGAUUCAAGGUCACCUACACCAGCAUAAAGGACGGUGAGCCGAUGUCAGUGUCCAUCGACAGAGGUAACUCCACCCUCGGCCUAUCACAGCUCUCCCCUGGUUCUUCUUACGAGGUCAGCGUGGUCUCCAUCCUCGGGCUGGACGAGAGCGACCCCAUCGCAGACUUUUUCAUGACAUUGCCUGACCCGCCUACAGACCUCCGGGCCGUGAACGUCACCAACACCAAGGCCUUGUUGCUGUGGCAACCAGCGUUGGCUGCUGUGGAUAAAUACGCCAUUGUUUACGGCUCUGGGACAGACUCAGAGCUGAGGGUCACGCUGUCUGGGAACGCAGCGGAGCAGCAGCUCAGCGGCCUGCAGGGCUCCACCACCUACACCAUCACCAUCAGCAGCCAGCUGGGCAGCAAGGAGAGCUCAGAGGCCUCCACCAGCUUCACCACCACCUCAGGCUCUGGAGGUGAUGGAGACGGGUUUGGCGAUCUCCAGUCCAAAGACGUGACCCCUCGCACUGCACGGUUGUCAUGGAAACCACAUACAAAGCCUGCAGGCAGCUAUAGACUGACUUAUCAGACUGAGGGUCAAGAAGUGAAGGAAGUGGUCGUGGACGGCUCUGUGACAGAGUUCAACCUGAGCAGACUCCACCCCUCGUCCAGAUACACGGUGCAGCUCCAGGCGGAGAGCGGAGGGCCGAACACCGCCCCCCUCUCCACCCACUUCACCACCGGCACCCUGAGGUUCCCCUUCCCCACAGACUGCUCUCAGGAGCUGCUGAACGACAUCCUGACGUCAGGAGAGGUGGAUAUCUUCCCUCAGGGGAGAUCUGGGCCCCCAGUGAUGGUGUACUGUGACAUGGAGACGGACGGAGGCGGCUGGACGGUGUUCCAGAGGAGGAAGGAUGGCUCUGUGGAUUUCUUCAGAGGAUGGAAGGAGUACAUUAAAGGAUUUGGGAGUCUGAGUGGAGAGUUUUGGCUGGGACUGGACAACCUCUACAACCUGACCUCCAUGACCAAGAUGACCCUGAGAGUCGACCUGCGAGACGAAGACGAGGCCGUGUUCGCCAAAUACUCCACCUUCGAGCUGGUGAAGAGGAACUACAAACUCAUCGUGGGCGGAUACAGCGGCACUGCAGGGGACUCUCUCAGUUAUCACAGCCAGCGGAUCUUCUCCACCAAAGACCGGGAUCUGGCGUCCUCCAUCACCCGCUGUGCCAUGUCCUACCGAGGAGGCUGGUGGUACAAGAACUGCCACAAGGCCAACCUCAACGGGGUCUACGGAAAGGACAUCAAUCACCAGGGUGUGAUCUGGACCACCUGGAAAGGAAAAGAGUUUUCCAUCGCGUUUGCUGAGAUGAAGAUGAGGCCAGCGGCCUUCAGUCCUCCAAACAGAGGCUGAGGACGAGAACGAUCCUAAUGAAAUAAUGAACUGCUUACCAUGAUGCUUGAUGGACAGCAGUGUGUACAUACAUGUGCAAACACACGUGUGUGUUCAAACACUCGAUUUAGCCUCGCUCUGGCCUCAGAGGAGACAAAGACGUAUUUCAUUUGUAUAGAGGUCAUUUAUCAGUAUGUUAGUGUAGGUUGUACAGGUUUUAUCUUUUCAAAGCAGGGCUUCUCUAACUGUCUCUACAUGUACAUUUAAAGUGUCAGUUUACCCAAAAUACAACAACAAAUAUGUUACCGUUCAAAAGUUUGAAUCUCCUACCAAAAACACAUGAUUUGGUCCAGUCAUAUCUGAGAAGAUAUGUACGCUGUCCAAUAGUUCAAGCAGACAAUGAAAAUGGGGAUCAGAAAAGAAAACGGGGUAUUUGGAGUGCCUUCAAUCUCAUAAACUGCGAUAUAAGACAACCCAGUCCGUUUUGGGGGGCUACGGGUCAGAUAACAUGGGAUUUAAGCCAUUCAGAUUUGGCGCCCCUUUCCAUGUUACAUGCAGGCCUAUUAGACUAUAAUAAUGUGUUUUAUGCACAUUAAAGCUGCAGUUGCCAACGUACUUUUCGCAUCUUUUUUAUAAUACCCUCUCAGCAUAUUGUAAUUCAAGUGGUCUGAGAGAAAACUUGACCCCUGCACCUCCUCAUUGCUCUGUUUUUUUAGGAUUUAGAAAAUCUUACCUGAGACUUAAGCUAACCAAAGGCUAUUUUAUGGAGGCAAGCAGAGUUUCUGCUUGCUCUUCUACAUAUACAUAAUGUCUGUCCACAUCCCUUAGUGAAAGGCUAUGCAGCUAGUGAUGGAGAGAAUAUGACUGCUGUCGUGACUCGUGAGCUAACGUUAACGUCAAGGCUAAGUUACAGAUGCUACGGGUUAGCAUCAGGUUAAACUUUAAGCAACAUUUGUUCUACAUCUCAGUUUGUCAUCUUAAAAGGGCUCUUCAGCGCCACACGUUUUCAAAGAACACAGACAUCUGGAUCACAUCAGCAUGUGACGGAUGAUGUUUGAAAUGAAUGAUAAGUACGCACGGAGAGUGCCAGGAGAAGGUCUGUAUGGUUGAGCACGAAUGAGUCCAUACACAGAAAUGAGUUAGCAUUAUACCAGAUGCAGUUCCUUUUUCUUGAAGUCAACAGUUUUUAUGUUUUUGGUUCGAUGCUUGAAAUAAGGUCAGCGGUUAACACAAGCUUUACAUUUUGUAAACAAACAUUAGCCGCCUUUAGCUUAGCGGUGGUAACGUGAAAU